AUGUUUAAUUCUACGCCCUCGCAACCAGCCACACCACCACCGGUGGGUGAAACAUCACGUAUUAAAAACUUUAUGGGUCGUACUCCGGCCAUUGGUAUAUUGAAAUCGAAAUUCCUAACAGUUUUGGGAAAUAGUAAUGAAUUAUUAAAUGGUAUUUCAUCAAAGUUUACCCUAAACAUCAGUUCAAGCGAUUCGGACUAUUGUGACGAUGAUGAAGAAGACAUACCGAAAUUUGAUGAAUCCAUUGACUAUACGAAAAUAGACUAUGAGGCUCGUAGGGUUAAGGCACGAAGAGCUCAUGAAGAAAUCAUAUCUGGUCGCUAUAGACAACCGAAUUUAGCACCAAUAAUUAUGUUGAAUUUAUCACCAGGACCACGCUUGGAUGCAUUGCGCAAUAAGAAACGUGAAAAAUCCCGUUCAUCUUCAUCAUCAUCCUCCUCAUCGUCAUCGUCUACCUCAACCUCAUCGAGAUCGUUUCAAAACAAUCUGCAAGAUAGAUCUCAUGUUAGUAGCACCACUCGUUCUGAUUCCAUAGAAUCCCGUAACUCGGGUGGUUAUGAAAGGGCGAGAGCCAUACCGGGCGCCAGACGCAGUGAACUGGAUAUGCAAAGGGACCUAAUGAGAAUGCGUGAAAAUACGGCUAAUCCAUCAGCCUCGGUUGCCAGUGGUAACGCACCUCAUAUUGAGGUUCAACCGCCUUCUUAUGAACGUGAUCUCAGCAAAUCAUCUGUAGUUAAUAUAGUUGCCGCACCCUCGAAUCAUUCCAUACGAGUUCCUCCGGUUAGACGUAAAAAUUCGAAUAGCAGCACUUUAACCAGUUUGCGUGAUGAUCUCGAGUGCCAGGUUAGUCCUAGUGUAGAGUCGACCGACUGGCGCAACUUUAUACGUUCGGAAUCGCAAAAUUCGGUGCCUUCAUGGGCUUCUUCGAUUAGUUUGGAUUGUCGUGCCGGCGAAGAGCCCAUAAAAGAAUUCAUGAAACGUUUCACCGACACCAUAUUCGCCAAUGCGAAUGCUAUCGAUUUGGAAUUGAAAUCAGAGUUUGGGGCCAUGACGCGUUUAGAAAUUGGACGUCAGUGGUUUGUACGCUUCCUGGUCGAUCAGAAGAACAAAGUGAAGGUGGUGAAUGAAUUGACAUUCCAUUCGUUGAUACAACAUUUUGCCCUGGUGCUAUUCGAAUGCAAUGAAUGUGAACAUUUUCCGCCAGCUGCCAUUAUCAUGAAUCUGUGCUUCAUUUUUUAUCGCGAAAUUGAUGUUCCCGGUUGUGAUGCUUACCGUGAAUAUUUAUUUACCUUUAUGCGUGAACAGCCCAUAUGGUUGUCUUUGCGCUUCUGGAACACAGCAUUUUUUGAGUCUCUACAAUCGGAGAGGGAUCAUCGGGUGUUGGCCAAGCAAAAGAAACAGGAGAGACGCAAGGCCAAGCAGAAGAGUAAACCGGAAGUGGAGCCGGAACAAAAGGCUCAAACAAAUACUGAAACUGAAAAUGAUGUAAAAGCUUUAAAUAAAACUGAAAUUUCCACCUCAAGUUCUUCCCAUCACAGUCACACCAAUAAAAUCAAAAGGGAACGAUCACCCAAAGUUGUGAAUGAGGCUGCUGGCGAUACGGAUAAAGAAAUGGAGAAUAUAUCAUUUCGACAAUUAACAUCAUUUACAUGCAACAUACAUGCCUUGGGAGCUCCACAAGAUUUGUGUUUGGAAUUUUUCAAAAAACAACAAGCCAUACUGGGUCUGCCCAAAGAGAAAUCAAAAUUAAUACGCGAUAACAUCUAUCGCAUCUACUAUGAAACCGAAAUGUGGGGCUCCAAACAAUCUUGAAUUACAUGAAACGCUUUGAAACAACAAAACUAUUUCAAUUUUCGAAAUCAAAAAUACAAAGAUCAAAACAAGUUUUCAUAGUUUUAUAUGGUAGUUAAUGAAAAUAUUUAAUAUACAUACAAUACAAUA